AGGGAGGGGGGCGCUAAUGUCACAGAUUUUUCACUGUAAACAAUCUCUUCUUCACCUCCUCCUCCUCCGGGACGAGACAUACUGGGGCCGCGAAUACACACCGUGACAUCGCUCACACUGGACUAGACUUGAGAAAACACUUCAUUUUAUCAUCUUGACACAAUCUGCGACGCUUUGAACACGAAUAUCCGUUAUCAAAACAAGAUGCUAACUAACGGUGCUAACCUUAGCACCGCAAGCUAACAGCGCUCAGGUGAAGAGGAAUUGAGGAUCGCUGUCAUCUUGUUGUCCUGAAUCGUGUGUGUGUUGUUGGACAGCUUUUAGGUAGUUACAGGUGUCAAUAGGACAAGGAACAGUUAAUCUAGCUCUGAGUAAUAGUUGAAUGGGGUGGAGUUGUCUUUAAUAUUGCCAUAGAGGCUGUAACAACGUUAGCUCCAGUUUGGGAAGACGGUGUCAGACAAGAUGGUGUUGAGAAGUUGCUGGAAGUCUCGACAUAAAAACAGCUCUCCUUGUUGGAUCCGACCCGGAUCUGCAGCCCUGCUGGUCCUGUUCUGUGUGACCCAGUUCUUCUGCGGCAGUGUUGCGGAGACAAAGAGUGUGGUCCAGAAAGACGCAGAGUUUGAUGUCACCUAUAAUGACUCAGUUACAAGUGAGAACCAGACCAUCUAUGCUUUCAAUCACACUGUCUCCAGGAAUAAGUCGGAGGGAGUGCGAGUGACUGUGGAUGUGUUGUCACAGGGGUUUGAGAGUCCCAUCCUGUUUGUGGUCAGACAGAAGCAAGCCGUGCUGUCUUUUCAAAUCCCUCUCAUUUUAAGAGGCCUCUACCAGAGGAAGUACCCUUACAAUCAUGUGGGCCGGACUUUGUGCCAGCCUCCGACCCGGGCUGCCUCGGAGACGCAGUACUUCUUCGUGGACGUGUCUACCCUGUCCACCCAGGGUACAAACUACCAGCUCCGGGUCAGCCGCGUUGAAAGCUUCACCCUACAUACGGACAAGAAAUUCAGUUUCACCGCGUCGCCAUCCCAACCUCAGUACUUCAAGUAUGACUUCCCGGACGGGGUGGACACUGUGAUCGUCAAGGUCAACUCAGACAUGACCUUUCCCUGCUCCGUUAUGUCCAUCCAGGACAUCCAGUGCCCUGUCUAUGACCUUGACAACAACGUGGCCUUCAUUGGGAUGUACCAGACUAUGACCAAAAAAGGAGCGAUCACUGUGCAGAGAAAAGAUUUCCCCAGCAACAGUUUCUAUGUGGUGGUCGUGGUAAAAACAGAGGACGAGGCGUGCGGCGGUCCGCUGCGCUUCUACCCGCUCCGUCCUGAUGAGCUCAUCGACGCCGGCAACCGCAGCAAAGUCAUUGAUGUGAUCGUCACCCCUGCUAUCAAAUCGGAGGUUUAUGUGAUGGGCAUGAUGUUCUGUCUGGGCAUCUUCCUCUCCUUCUAUCUGCUCACCUUGCUCAUGGCCUGUCUGGAGAACAAGCGAUUGAAGAAGAGCGACGUGUUUCCGAUUCCUGCUGACAUGUCGCCUGCUGAGACAGCCUCUCUGCUCGGGAAGAAUGGAGACGGCAAAACUCCAGCCUCACCAUAUGAAUACGGCUCCUUUGCUGACAACGGCAGCACGCUCAGCUCAGAGGCCGUCACUGACAGCGCCACUUCAACUGACAACAACUAUGGAUACAUGGGACAGGAGCCUUUCAAACGUCGCCCAAUCCUCAAUCACCUUCACCAGAUAGCCAUCCGCAUUGAUCGAUCGUUGGACAGCGUCGGGCGAAGCAGGCAUGAGUCUCUGAGCUCUGUGGAGGAGGACGACUACGACACGCUGGACGACAUCAACUCAGACAAAAACAUCGUCCGCACCAAAAAAUAUCUAUGUGUGUCUGACCUGUCCCGCAAAGACAAGAGGAUCCUCAGCAAGAAAUACCAAAUCUACUUCUGGAAUAUCGCUACCAUCGCUGUGUUCUACGCGCUGCCAGUCGUCCAGCUGGUCAUCACCUAUCAGACGGUGGUGAAUGUUACAGGAAACCAGGACAUCUGCUAUUACAACUUCCUGUGUGCCCACCCUCUGGGAGAUCUGAGUGCGUUCAACAACAUCCUGAGUAACCUUGGUUACGUGCUGCUGGGACUCCUCUUCCUCCUUAUCGUCCUCAAAAGAGACAUCGUCCACAGUCGGGCCCUGUUCCGCAACGACCUCAACGCGCAUGAGUGUGGUAUCCCAAAGCACUUUGGUCUGUAUUAUGCGAUGGGAACAGCUCUGAUGAUGGAGGGCUUGCUCAGCGCCUGCUACCACGUCUGUCCAAACUACACCAACUUCCAGUUUGACACCUCCUUCAUGUACAUGAUUGCUGGACUGUGCAUGUUGAAGUUGUAUCAGAAGAGACACCCAGAUAUCAACGCAAGUGCUUACACCGCCUACGCCUGCCUGGCCGGCGUCAUCUUCUUCUCUGUGCUGGGAGUGGUAUUUGGGAAAGGAAACAUGGUCUUCUGGAUCGUUUUCUCCGUGAUCCACAUUCUGGCCACUAUGCUGCUCAGCACACAGCUCUACUACAUGGGCCGAUGGAGGCUAGACUCCGGGAUCAUGCGCAGGAUCGUGAACGUCAUCUACACAGACUGCAUCAGACAGUGCAGUGGACCGAUGUACAUUGACCGAAUGGUUCUACUCGUAAUGGGGAACAUAGUCAACUGGUCUCUAGCUGCCUACGGCCUCAUAGAGAGACCCAACGACUUUGCCUCCUACCUGCUGGCCAUCGCCAUCUGCAACCUGCUGCUCUACUUUGCCUUUUACAUCAUCAUGAAGCUGCGGAGCGGUGAGAGAAUCCAGUGUCUGGCGCUGGUGUGUAUUCUGUUCACAGCCGUGGUGUGGGGCUUUGCACUGUAUUUCUUCUUCCAGGGUCUCAGCACCUGGCAGAAAACUCCAGCGGAGUCUCGGGAGCACAACAGAGACUGUAUCCUGCUUUCAUUCUUUGAUGACCACGACAUUUGGCACUUUCUCUCCUCCAUCGCCAUGUUUGGAUCCUUCCUGGUCCUCCUGUACAUGGACGACGACCUCGACACCGUCCAGAGAGACAAGAUCUUCGCCUUCUAGAUACGUCAGAUCUUCUGUGAUGAGCUCAGCUCUUCCUCUCUGCCUUAUCGUCGCUCUCCGUUUGCAUCUCCUUCGUGUCCUGAACAAGCACAGCCAGUAGCCUGUUUUUCCCCAGGCUGUACAACGGGCACCAGCGAAUCAGCCAGUCAGGGAAGGGCAGCAGCCCCUUCCCUCCACCUGUAUGGACACUAAUGUGCCAAUGAAGAGCCUGAGUCUGACGUUGAGUGACGCUGAAGUGUUUUUGUCCUCUCGCUGCCAUCAUCAAUGUAACUGUUGUAAUCGAUGUUUACUUCCUGCUGACGAAGAUGAUAACAAUGUACACACUUGCUAAGAGAAAACUAUCCAAAUUAACUUAUUUUAUACUGUCCGCAUUAUAUUUGACCUUCGCGUCAGCAAUGCAUUUUGAAAUGACUGUUUGUAUGCUGUUUAUAUGCUGUGUGUGUGUGUGUGUGUGUGUGUUUGUACAGGUGUGCGUGUGUUUACAUAAAUGUGAGAACAUGUCCAGUCUGUCGGUGGCCUUUUAAUGUUCUAAUCAUGUUCGUCACAUACUGUGCUCUGAUUGGUCAGAUCUUGAAGCUAGCCGUCCUUCUCAUUGGAGAAUAUUAAUAAUACUAAUAAUGAUGAUGAUGAUGAUUGUAUUUACUUCUCGACUGCCCUCAAGUCUGAAUGCGAAGGUAUUUUUUGCACUGUAUUGUAUGACAAAAAAACAGAUUUUAAUGUUAAACAUUGCAAUGAGCGGUUACUGAAUAAAGGUCUCAUUUCCAGAUACUUUA